AUGGAGAGGACGAGGACCAAAAAUGGGGGAUAUGAAAGCAGUGAGAAAGAAGACGAACCUGGUGGAUCAGGGGAACGGAGACGAGGAAGGUCAAGACAUGGGGAGCAAGACAAGAGUCCACUUUGUGGAGGUUGCCCAUUUUGUUGGAUAGUCCGGUAUGGAACACCUCAAGAUGUUGGAGAGAAGGAAAGAGCAAUCAAGAGAAAUCGAUUGGGACGCAGUAAUGGAUCAGCCCCACUCUUCUCGGGAAACGGAGGGAAGGUGCGCACCUUCUUGUUGAUGCAGCCUGUUCCCAGCAGCGGCUGCUGGCUGCGCUUUCCAUUUGCAGCAGCCAACAUCAACAAAACAUCGUCUUCGCAGAUGCUUCUCCACUUCUUCCCAAAAUUAUCAAUUCUAUACCAGUAUUUCCAUCCGCAGCAUCCUCAUUCAAAUAUCAUCGGCGGCAAGAUGUCUGCAACCGUCGAGCACGCCACUUGUCCUGAGUGUCCUGCAGCGCAUCAAGACCUCGAAUCAGGCCUUCUUACCUCCACUGCUGAAGUUUCUACCCUUGCUGGAGAAGGCCAACAGGUUGAGAUUGCAAUGAAAGCUUCACCAGAGAAUCCAGAGAGACGACCAGCACCGCCUGCUGCUGCAGAUGUCCAACCACCUUCAUACGUCAGGGACCCGCAACUAGAAUCCUUGAAGCGACGACCACAACGGCACCACUGCCACCUCUCCUGGCUCCCAUAUCCGAGCGAGUUGGCCCUCAUUCGUAUCUUAUUUAUUCUCAAUGCUGUUCUUCUCCUGGCCACCACCGGCGCCUGCAUCGUUAUGCUGCUUCUUGCCAUCAGAGAAAAAGAUCCAUACCCAAGACGUCUACGAUGGUCUUUGUUUCUCCUAGAGAUUGGCUUCAUCUUCUUCUAUGCUCGAGAUUGCUGGACAUACAGCACGAAAUAUGCGAACUACUGGAAGCACAUCGACUGCAGACAUUGUGUCAAACUCGCACAGUCGAACACCACACCAGGUGGAGCAGUGUAA